AUGGUAAUAUUACGUGAUCAGUCUUCAUUAUCCUUGUCAAAAAAUAAUCACGCACCAAGAACAAUUUUAAUUGGUCCUUUGAAUAAAAAUGGAAAACAUGAUACACAUAAAGGAAUUAUUUAUCAUGAUUCUAUUAUUGGAAAUCCACCAAGAUCUCGUAUAUUAACUCACACAAAUAAAUUAUUUACAAUUCAUUUUCCAACUUUGGAUGAGUAUAUUCUAAUGUAUCGAAGACAUACAACUCCAAUUUAUCCAAAGGAUGCCAACACAAUUAUAGGUUUGCUUGAUUUACAUCCAUAUUCAAAAAUUUUAGAAAGUGGAACUGGUAAUGGGUUUUUGACAUUAUAUCUAGCACGAGCUCUAUAUCCAACUGGAACUAUUCACACCAUAGACAUUAAUCUGGACUAUACAAAAAAAGCUCAAAAAAACAUUAGGAAUUUUUCACGUGGAUUGUAUUAUGAUAUCAUUAAUUUUAGUACUGGGUCAUGUUCAGAAAUCUUAAAAAUUGCUGAUGAUGGUAGUAAAAAAGAGGCAUCAUCAGAAGCAUUGCCAAUACCACCACUAUCUUUUUCCUCUUCAGCAUCACCUUUAUCUCCAUUGGAAAUAUAUGAUGGUGUAGUGUUAGACAUGCCAGAACCAUGGAAUGAUCUACCAACUAUUGUAAAACAAUUAAAGAUAGAUUGUUUCAUUAUAUGUUAUCUUCCUAAUAUGACCCAAGUUUUAAAUUUGGUCAAAUCGAUUAAAAUUAGAAGUAACAAUGAAAGGAUUGUGAAACAUUUAAUAAAUAAUAAUAAUAUGAUCCCAGAAAAAGCAUUAGCUUAUAUUUGUCGACCUUCUCAUACACCAACAAAUCAUACCGCAUUCUUAGUACAAUUGAAAAAAAUAUCAUCCUAG